CCAAUGACAACAACGUUAAUGUUACUUUGCCCGAAUCUCUUAUUGAGUUAGAAUUGGCCGCAUGUGAAGUGAAAGAGUUGGAGUUUCUAAGAUCCGCAAAGAAGCUUUACGUCUUGGAUCUUUCAAAUAAUAAGAUUCAAGGAAGAAUUCCUGAUUGGGCAUGGUCUAACUGGAUGUCUUCAUUGGACACUCUUAAUAUGUCGCACAAUAUGCUGUCGAGUGUGGAUUCAAUUCCUCUUCAGUUUGCAUAUACUAUUGAUUUGCGGUCCAAUUUGCUUCAAGGUUCACUACCCAUUCCAUCAAAUUCCACAACAUACUUCUUCAUAUCCCAUAAUAACCUCAGUGAAGAAAUUCCUCCAUCUAUUUGCAAUUUGACAUCACUGGUAAUGCUAGAUUUGGCGAGAAACAAUUUGAAGGGAGCAAUUCCGCAAUGUUUGGGUAGUAUUAUGGCCCUCCAGGUUUUGGAUAUGAGCCACAACAAUCUUUCUGGGAAUAUUCCAACAACUUUCAUCAAUGAAAGUUCACUGAGCAGCCUCAACUUGCAUGGCAAUAAACUAGAGGGGAAAAUCCCACAAUCCUUGACCAAUUGCAAACAACUUGAAGUUCUUGAUUUAGGAGACAAUCACCUCAACGACACAUUCCCCGUGUGGUUGGGGACUCUGCCACAGCUGAAAGUUCUAAGCUUGAGAUCCAAUAAAUUGCAUGGUACCAUCAGAACAUCAAGGAUUGAGAACAUGUUUCCAGAGCUCCGAAUCAUGGAUCUCUCUUACAAUGCCUUGUCGGGAAACUUACCUUCGAGUUUGUUUCAACAUCUGAAAGCCAUGAGGACGAUUGAUCCAUCAAUGGAAGCACCAAGAUAUGGAGGAUAUACAUAUUACCAAGAUUCUAUUACAGUUGCAACUAAGGGAUCUGAUCGUGAAAUUGUGAGAAUCUUGUAUUUGUACACCGUUAUCGAUCUUUCAAGUAAUAAAUUUAGAGGGCAAAUUCCAAGUAUCGUGGGGGAUCUCAAUGCAGUUCGCAUAUUGAAUUUAUCUCAUAAUGGAUUGCAAGGUCAUAUACCGCAAUCAUUCGGAGAUUUAUCUUCAGUUGAAUCAUUGGACCUAUCAGGAAACCAGCUUUCGGGAGAGAUACCACAACAACUAGCUUCUCUUACGUCUCUUUCAUUCGUAAAUCUGUCCCAUAAUCAUCUCCAAGGAUGCAUUCCUCAAGGACCUCAAUCUCUCACUUUUGAGAGAAAUUCAUAUGAAGGAAAUGAUGGAUUACGUGGAUUCCCUGUUUCAAGAAGUUGCACAGAUGAUCGGGUAUUAGAUACAAUUGAUACCGUAUCUGUACUAGACGAUGAAGAAAGCAAUUCUGAAUUUCAGAGUGAUUUUUGGAAAGGUGCUCUUAUGGGCUAUGGAAGUGGACUAUGUAUCGGAUUAUCCAUAAUAUAUUUCAUGUUGUCAACUGGAAAACCGAUAUGGCUUGCAAGAAUCAUUCUAGAGAUGGAGCACAAAAUUAUGAGGGGAAGGAGAAAGAAGCAGCGAAGGCAAAGGAAUUACAGAAGAAGAAACAAUCAUUUCUAGACAAGUUAUAAGUUUCGACUUCAGCGAGGAGCUAGUGUCUAUGGAAGUGGAGAAAGGGAAGAAGAAGUUAUGGCAAUGAAUGGAAACGAAUGUCAAUUAGUUUUUAAGCAAUAAUAAUGGUCUAACUGAAUAUUUUCGUUGAACAGUCUUAGAUGUGGCUUCAAUUCUUACUGUAUAGUAUAAAUU